UUGGAAUGUCCUGCAAUAUCUAACACGUAAGCGCGUCACAUCGUUUUCUAGACAGAAUCGGAAUCUCACUUUUUCUGUCUCUCUCUCUCUCAUUCUCUUUCAACAUGGAAUUUGAAAAGCAUGAAAAAGGAAGCUUAUUAAACCAGAAUUUAGAGGAGAAACUGAAGGUCUCUUCUGGUGAUUCUGAAGCCAAACCUCUGAUCUUCACAUUUGUCCCCACUGUGAGAAGACUACCAACCCACUCCCAGUUGGGUGACACCUCUAAAUUCAUUGUUAAAAUUCCUGAGGAACCAAGUGAUAAGACUCCAGAAACUGUAAAUAGGUCUGAUUCCAAUGAGUACUUGACCUUGAAUGUUGGGAGCCAACGGGAGAGAGACCGAGGAACAUUGACUUAUCCUUUAGAGGUCAAGGACAAGGCUUCCCAAGGAAGGGGACUUAAAGCAAACGAACCUCAAGGAAUGCAGCAAAGUGACCUCUUCAAAGCUGAAUAUGUCUUUAUUGUGGACUCUGAGGGGGAAGAUGAAGCUCCAAGCAGAAAAGGUGAACAAGGUCCCCCAGGGGGGAUGGGCACCACAGCUGCUCGGCCCACGUCUCUAGCAAUCUCCUCCAGUCUGGUCUCUGAUGUGGUACGCCCCAAAACUCGGGGGGCAGACCUCCAGUUUCCGUCACAUCCUGAAAUGCCUCAUGGGAUGGCUCCUCAGCAAAAACAUGGGCCGUUAACUUCUCCCACUGCCUCUGAGCAGCUUGCCUGUAAACCACCUGCUUUCUCCUUUGUUUCUCCAACUAAUCAGAAAACACCACCUGUCCCAGUCGACCUAGCCGGAGCCUCUGUCCUGGAGGAGUUCCACGCGAGGAGGCUGGAUGUCAGUGGGGCCCUGGUGGAAGAAACAGCCACGUACUUUCAAACUUCCGCUCACUCUGCACCCUUUUUUGCACCGAAGGGCACGUCCUCGACGUCACAGUUCCCCCAUCCCGCUCAAUUAUCAGGUUCUCACUCAUCCAGUCCAAGUGCAGUCCAGCAAAAACCUGGCCUGACGUCUGAAGUCCUCAAGAAGACUGUCACCUCGCCUGUCCUUAGUCCCAGAGAAAGUCCGAGAACCUCUUCUCCUUCACUGUCCUCCGGUGCUUCUCUGAAGUCGAAUUCAGCCUCCUACAUCCCAGUCCGCAUCGUCACGCACUCACUCUCUCCGAGUCCCAAACCCUUCCCCUCCCCUUUCCACGGCUCUUCUUCCACUGUCUGUAGCCAAGCGUCAUCCAGCGGGAACGUCUCAAAGUCAGGGGUGAAAUCCCCAGUGCCCUCCCGGCUUUCCCUCCUCACUGCCAUCCUCAAGUCCAACCCUUCUCACCAAAGACCCCUUUCCCCGGCUUCCUGUCCCACCUUCUCUCUCAACUCCCUGGCUUCUUCCAGGCUCACACUCGAUCAAAAAGUUAAACAAACCUCUCCUACGCCUAAAAAAUCCCUCUCGAGUUGCUCCCUGCGAGCGGGGUCUCCAGAGCAAAGGGAAAACCAGGUUUCUGAUCUCAGCCAGCAAUCCUUUCCCUUCCCUUCUUCCACUAAAGCUGCUCCCCUUCCUCUGGCAUCCUCCCUUUCUCCCCCCAAACAGGGCAGUAGCAGCCUUGCUUCUUUGAAUGUAGAGAAAAUGCCAUCCCCCCCUUCUUUGAAGAGCAGCCCAAUGAUUUCCCAGCUGCAAACCAGUACCUCCAGUUCUACGGGUCUGCCUCCUGUCCCUCCAAGCUUUUCUCCUCUGUUUUCCAAGGGCAGACAGGAUGCUGACCUCAGGGGCCCAGGAAAGCCCAAGGAUAUUUCUCCACAUCCUUCUGCGUUAGCCUCCUUGGCAUCAUCUUCGGUGUCUCCUCCCACUAACCCAAGAGCCAGGCUCCCCUCUCCAGAGAAAUGCUACCAUCCUUCCCCAACUCUUUCAAACCUGAUAAACAGAUCCAAGAGAGCAUCAGCACCUCUCUCUGGCCAGGGGCAGACACCUUUAGCUCCUCCUCCACACCCUGUCUCCAGCGCUGGCUCUGCCUCUCUUCCCCAACUGGGGUGCUCCGUUCUCCCUCGUGCUAAUCCGCCCACGGAGGUGCGCCACCUCAGUCCCUCAGCGCUGCACCCAAAUCUUACCCUGCCUUCAAGAAUUGGGAAAUCCGAAAGCUCCAUAUCUGACCACAGGUCAUCUGUUUCAUCCCCAUCACCUCCCAUCUCUCUAACAAGAACCAACGAGCUGAUUUCACCUUGUGCAUUGUCCAUGUCAACAGGCCCUGAAAAUAAGAAACACAAGCAAUACAAGACCAAGUCCAGCUACAAGGCUUUUGCAGCAAUCCCAACAAACACAUUGCUUUUGGAACAGAAGGCACUAGACGAACCAGCCAAGACAGAGAGCAUCUCCAAGGACAACACAUUAGAUCCACCUCUGGAGUUGUGUUCCCCUGAACAGCUCAGGCAGCAAACUGAAGAGCUCUGUGCUACCAUUGAUAAGGUCUUACAGGAUUCCUUGUCUAUGCAUUCUUCUGAUUCUCCUUCAAGUUCCCUACAGACAUUUUUGGGUUCUGACACAAUCAAAACACCUACAACUCUUCCAAGAGCAGCUGGUCGAGAAACCAAAUAUGCAAACCUCGCCUCACCAUCUUCUACGGUAUCUGAGAGUCAGCUGACGAAGCCUGGAGUAAUUCGCCCUGUACCUAUAAAAUCCAAAAUAUUACUGAAAAAAGAGGAGGAAGUCUAUGAACCCAACCCUUUCAGUAAAUACCUGGAAGAGCACAGUGACUUCUUUUCUGAGCAGGAUGUGCCUGUCCCUCCCAAGCCUGUUUCUCUCCAUCCUUUAUAUCAAACUAAACUCCAUCCUCCUGCUAAGUCUCUGAUGCAUCCACAGACCCUCCCACACGCUGACUGUCUUACCCCAGGACCCUUCAGUCACUUGUCCUCCUUCUCCCUGAGUGAUGAACAGGAGAAUUCUCACACCCUGUCUAGUCACAACGCAUAUAAUAAGUUGAGUCAUCCAAUGAUGGCUAUUCCGGAACACGAAACUCUUGAUUCCGAAGAGCAAUGAAGAUGGAGCAGAAGUGAAAACCCAGACUGGGCUGAAGUUUUUUGGAGUGCUGGUGCUAAUCACUUGCUAGAUUUAACUUUUAUUACUACUUUUUUUCAGUCUUAGUGUUUCCUUUAUGAGCUGCAGUGGAACUAAAAAAAAGUUUCCUGCAGGCAUAUAACAUGGAAGUACUCACUAAUACCUGGCAUAGGAGACAUUUACUUACACUUUCUCCCACCACUGUUAGAGCCUUGAAUGCCUUCUAUUAAGCUGACAGCAAUACUAACAUGCCCCUCUGUUUAGAAGCCAAAUAAAGAAGAAUCACAGGGAAAAAGAAGGAUGGGUGUGACGAUUUUUCAACACCAGUUUUAUUUAAUGCACACAUUACUCCCUGAAUCAAGUUUUAUUCCCCUUCUGCUUAAUUUCUUUUUCAUAUAAAAAAAAAGAACACCAACUUUUUAAAAAGGAACCCCUGCCUGCUUUCAGGAGUUUAUUGGGGGAGCUCUUGAAUGUGAGAAAGUUGGUAUUUUCACAAAAUGCAUGCUAUUUUCCUGUUCUGUUUGGGUUCUGUGCUUGUUGGGACAGACAGUCAUGUUGAGUUGGUGUUGCUGGAAUGUUUCUAACAUCACUGUCUCUCUGAACAUCACCACAUGAUUCUUGCAAAAGCUACUUCAGCGUUAGUUUGUACCCAUAAUCUUGGGAGCAGCCAAAACCAUAGAGUGAACCACACUGUUGGUGACAAUCCCGGAGCCAACCUCCAGCAGGCCCAAUGCCCAUCAUAUUGGCCGUGGUCUCUUUCUUUCCCAGCUGCCAUCCUCAGUAUCCUGUGCUCAACUUCCCUAAGUGGCUUCCUUUUUCUAGUCUUCUACUGGGGCAAAACACUGAGGAAGAGUCCACAAUAGUUCUGGGACAGUGAGCUCCUGGUAGCAGAGGACUCUCAGUAGAGACUAUACCCUUGCACACAACCCAUGCUCCCCUGGGAGCCAGCUCUGUCUGAGCCAUGGCUCCCUCAGACCACUGCUCCAUCACCCCCAUCAUCGUGCCCAGGGCAAAGCAGGGAGAGUUGCCCACAGAAGAGCCACUGGCCUCCUCAUCCUCCACAGGCCAUUUUGGAAGGCUCCAUUGCCAGUCAUCAGUUGGCACCUGGAAAUACAAAGUUCUCAUCAUCUCCUCCAUUAGUGCGUGAGGAGCAGUGGAGACUUAGUAAAGCUUUCUGCUCUCUCUCCUCCCCCAAACAAAAAUCUCUACCUACUAAAUGGUGUGAGGCAUCACUUUAGAUUAUUGAUAACCAUCUCUAGUAUUCAGUGUGCUCUGAUCAUGUGUCAGGCACCAUGAAUUUGACUUAACCUUCACAAUGAGCCUGUGAGACAGGUAAUAGUAUUAUUCAUAUUUUAUGUUUGUAAGAAUAGGCUCCAAAAGGUUAAAUCAAGCUAGUAAGUGGUAGAGACAGAAUUAACAUCCAGAUAAUCAGAUUCUAAGACCAAGUCAUUUAUUCAAUCAUUUGUCCAUUCAUUUUUGACUUUGAGAAUAAAAGGUUGAGUUGAUCACACUCCCUAGUUCAUUGCUGUUAUAAGUUUGGGCAAGACCCUCUCUUCUGUGUACUUGUUGAUUGGAUGAUUGAUUGAUUAACUUUUAUAACAAUUUCUAUCUUCCCUUCUGCUAUAAGCACACAUUCUUGUGUUUGAUAAAUAUUCUUUACCUAUAUAUGUUUUGAAGAUGUGCAUUGUUUUUCUCUGCAUAUGUAUUUAAUAAAAGUAAAUGACAUUAUAGUUUA